AUGUCCAGCAGCUGCGCCGCCACCGGGGCGGCAACGCCGGUGCUGCUCACGUUCGACAGCGGCGGCGACGACCAGAACACCUGCCCUGAGGGAUCGGCGAGCACCAGGCUGCCGGUGCCGUUGAUGGCGAGGCUCGCCGUGGCGCCGGUGAUCGGGGCUUCCCGGUUGGCGACCCAGACGACGGUCUGGGGAGCGAGGCCCAUGUACCAGAUGCCCAAGAACCUCGCCGUCGAGCUGGCCGGGGUGAAGAAGCCCAGCUGGAACACUCCGGCGGCUGAAACGAGCGUCUGGCCAUCGCUGAGGGAAGAGUUGGCGGUGAUGGUGUCAGCCGCGGAGGCGGAGGCAGGGGAGGAGAAGAAGAAAGUAACGAACAGGGGAAGCAACAGAGCUAAUGGUGGCCGCGCACCCGCGGCCAUGGCUCUCGCGACUAUUCGGCCAGCACAAGGGCAACCGACGCAGCCCAACUAUGACGAGGUAGAAUUCUACCCGUCAGCACUGCAAGUUUUUACCGGGAUGCUUCAUGCUUGUGCAAACGGCAAAUCCAUUGAACCCUCACCUGCCUCGACCGCCGCCGGCCCCGUGCGGAACGUUGGUGCGCAUCCGCUUUUGCAUUUCAACGUGCGAGGAUCCAGAAGCCAAGCUUGA